AUGAGGACCAGACUGUGUCAGCGGAGGAGAAGGAAGCGGGUAUUAGUGAAGGCUGGGGGGAUGGGGAAUAGAGGAGGUGGGCGGGUAGUGGACCAUCGCUUGCCACCCAAGAUGUUAUUCACUGUAGCCGUGUUUCCAGCUGCCCCGCAGCACCCUUUCGCCCACCCUUUGCAGGCCAGUACAGCCAUGGGCACAUCUGGACGUAUUAGCUUCACUGUGCGCAGCCUCCUGGAUUUACCAGAACAAGAUGCACAACACCUGCGGAGGCGGGACCCAGAACCGCCAACCCAUCGCCGCCCCGGCCCUUACUCCGAGUGGAUGGAGGCUGACCGGAGUCACUACCCCUCUUCAGACGAGAGUAGCCCAGAGACCGGCCCUUCAGAUUCCGUGCCGCGGCUGCGGCCCCUACCUCCUGUAGAGUUGCCUGGCUCCGACUCUGAGAAGAGGAAGAAGAGACGGGUGCUGUUCUCCAAGGCUCAGACUCUGGAGCUGGAGCGGCGCUUCCGGCAGCAACGUUACCUCUCGGCUCCAGAGAGGGAACAGCUGGCUCGGCUUUUGAGCCUGACGCCUACUCAGGUGAAAAUCUGGUUCCAGAACCACCGCUACAAGAUGAAGCGUGCCCGGGGUCAAGGGCCUCUGGGUCCUGUCUGUGCCGCAGAUCUGAGCCCAACUCCUGCGCUGAUACGCCGAGUGGUAGUCCCGGUGCUGGUCGGUGACCGAAAGCCUUGCCAAGGUUGCGAACAUAGUUUAGCGGCAGCUCCGGACAAGCCAAGUUUGACUCAAGCUGCCCCUGCCUCCGCUUGCGUCCUUCAGGGCUACCCUCCUUUCCCCACCAGUUCCACCGCUGCACUCAGUCUCUUUCAGGCUAAUCAGCACUUAGCGCACCCGACACUAGUCUCUUGGAACUGGUGA